AUGGCCGGCGCACCACUCGGGAGGAAACUCUCCCAGACACCGGGUACCGCCCCGGUGGUGUCCCGCACCUUCCUGCAAGUGGGCUCGGCAGUCCUCUAUGGUGGUGCCUCCUUGGCCAUCAUGUUCACCAACCGCUCGGUGCUGGCGACCUACAAAUUCCCCAGCUCGGCGGCAUUGGCCGCGGCGCAGGGCAUCGUCGCCCUGUUGACGCUCUUCAUUUUGCGCCUGUUCAGCGUCAUCUCCUAUCCGAAACUCAGUCGCAAAGUGGUGCACGAUGUGUUUCCCCUGCCCCUCAUCUACAUUGUCAACAUUGUGUCCGGCCUCGGUGGCACGCGUGCCCUGUCCAUCCCGAUGCUCACUGUGCUGCGCCGGUUCAGUGUGCCAAUGACCCUUGUUGCCGAGCGCAUUUGGCUGGGCACGCGCGUUUCCAAGGGCGUGGGCUGGUCCGUGGUGCUGAUGGUGGUCGGAGCCGCGGUGGCCGCCGCUGACGACAUCCAGUUCGACGCUGUCGGCUACCUGCUGGUGACGAUCAACAAUGUGGCCACGGCUGCCUCGGCGGUGGCUUCACGGAAGAAGCUGGAUGCUCGCAGCCUCGGGACCUUCGGUCUCAUGUACUACAAUACCCUGUUCUCCCUGCCACUGCUCUUCCUGUACAUGAUGUACCAUGCGUCCCGCGACAUCGAUGCCGUCCUCAACUACGCCGAGUGGACCAAUCCCGGGUUCCUGUUUAUGUUUGUGCUGUCUGUCCUCCUGGGACCGGUGCUCAAUCUGUCGAUCUACCUCUGUGUGAAGGUUAACUCGCCACUGACCACCACUGUGGUCGGCUGCUUGAAGAAUGUCCUGUCCACAUAUGCUGGCAUUAUUCGCGGGCGCUUUGAGCUGGCCGAGACCAUGGCUGCGCUCGGGGUCGGCAGCCCUGCCAACGCCAUUGACCCGGUGGCCUUGGAGGCGGCCCGGCUGGCGGCCAUGCAAGUGGCCGAAUAUGCCUACUCGCCGGCGAACUUCAUCGGCCUCAACGUCAGCAUCCUCGGAUCCCUGGCAUAUUCCUGGGUCAAGCUCGGGGAGACCCGGCGCCGGGGCAGCACUACCGGCGGCUUGCCGACCGAUCUGAGCAAGGGCGCACGCGCCGGAGCCGGGAUCGGCGGCCCGGGCGGAUCGCUCACCAAGGUCAUGAAGAGUCCCACCCCCGGAACCAGCAUCCUGGCCGGGCCCGGCCCCGUGAGCGGUUCGCUCCAUGGGGGGGUCAUCGGCGGUGGCGGCGGCGGCGGCGGCGGCGGUGGCGGCGGCGGCGGUGGCGGCUCACUCAUGCACCCUCCGUCGCAUAUGAUGCCCCCCGGCGGGCACCAUGCCGGGGUUCCGGGCGGCGGGCUGGACAGCGGCCCCGGUGCCGGGCCCCCCGAUCCGGCCCUCGGCCGCACCUCGCCGCCCAUGAAGAAUACCACGCCAACAUCGGCCGGGCCAUUCCCGAUGGCCGGCUUGGCCCCGAUGCAUCCAUCGAUGCCGCUGUCAGCCCCGGGCUUCGACCGGCAUUCCGACUCCCCCACUGCGGGCAUGCCGCCGACGAUGAUGGCCGGCGGGCUGAAUGAUGCCUGGCAGGCACAUCCUCUGGGUGCUCCCGACCAUAGCCUCCCGCGAACCGGACGCAAGCAGGGCGUCGACCCGAAGGAGGAGAAGCGCCGGCUGUCGACCGCCGGGGGCGGUGGCCUACGCGGCUUCUUCGGGCGCAUCUCCAGCGGCAUGGGGCUCGGGGCGGCGGCCGGGUCGGCCAGUGGCCCGGAUGAGCUGGCAGCCGAGCCGCUCCUCGCCGGACGGGGCCUCGAUGGUUCUGGCGCCGUGCCGUUGGAAAUGACCGCCAUUUCGUCGGUCGGCGGGCGCUCAGCCCAGCAAUACUACCCCGGGGUGGCGCCGGUCAGCUCGAUGAAUCACCCGCUGGCUGGACCACCCUCCAGCGUGGGCGGGCAAUACUUCCAGGGGACGCCCUUCGCCCCGGGGCCCGGGACAAGUGGCGUCUUCCAAGCCGCCCACCCGAGCAUGGUCCCGGCCGGGGCCCCGGUCUACUUCUAUGCGGCCGAUCAAAAUGGCCAGCCAGGCCUGUUCAUGGCUCCCGGUGCCACGACCGCGGCCUGGGGCACGCACCAACCCCACCCUGGUGUUGAUUUGACCCCGGUCUUGAUCCCCCCCGGCGCGGCGGCCUCCACGGCGGCCGAUGCUGGCCAGCGGUCGGCCUCCAUGGGGGCCGGCUUCCUGCCGGCUCCCACCACGGCCAGCCCCAAGCCCAUGGGAUGGGGAUCGGCCGGGACCUCCCGACCAGCCACCUCCUCGCUGUCCAUGACUCCGAGCAGCAGCGGCGAGCAAAUUAGCACUCCGCACAUGCUUUUCCAACUGCAGCAGCAGAUGGCCGGCACUGGGGGCGCGGCUGCUCCCGGAGCCUCGGCCAUGGGGCCCAUGCUCCAGCACCCGCAUAUGCACCUGCACGCCAGCCUACGGGCCCCCUCUGCGGAUCAUGGCACCACGGGGAGCGGAGCAGAGGGCAGCCCUGUGCCGCAACUUCGCCAGGCAUUCCCCCCUGGCACUGACCCGGCGGUCGUGCUGACCGGCGGCGGCCCCCCCGGCCCGGAGCAGCCGCUCUCCACCAAGGGCGGCUCCUCAUUCGCCGCAGCCACCACCGCCAUGAAGGCCCUGUCAGGCGAGGCCACGGCCGCCGGCGGAGUUCCGCCGCAUCACCCCCCUCCCCAUGCGGACCCUGGGGUGGCCACCCCGCGGUAUGACAGCCCGGCACAAUCCUUCCCCUGGGUGCCCACCACCUACCCGGGGCCGACGCCCAUGAACACUGUCGACAACAGUGGCUCCGGGUGA